GCAAAGUCCCCGGCGCGCGGGCAGCUACCAGCCGCCGCCACUGCUGGGUCUCCGUGGGGGUCCGCAUCCCCUGCCUCGCCCGCCUGCGCCGAGGCGCUCCGAAGCUCGCUCCGCGGGCCGCCGGUGCUCCGCGGCGCUGCCCAUGGCUCAGCCCGAGAGCCGACUUCGGGCGCCGGACCGGCUCGACCGCGGCGCUGCCCAGUAAUUGGCGGCCUGCGACACCCAUGUGUCACUGAUUAGGAGGCAUUCCCCAAGGCAGCGCUUCAUGACCCAGCGGCGCCGGGCCCAGUGAAGCCACCAUGGUGUCCAGCACGGCCGCGCUGCUCCUGGGCGCGGUGCUGCUGGUGGCCCAGCUCCAGCUAGUGCCUUCCCGCCCUGCAGCGCCCGGGGACGCGCCGGGCCAGCCGGAGCUCGCGCGCAGAGCAGCCACCCUCCAGGGUGAGGGCCGAGAAGGCGCGGCUCCCAACGGCUCGGCCCAGCAGCUGCCGCAGACCAUCAUCAUCGGCGUGCGCAAGGGCGGCACGCGCGCGCUGCUGGAGAUGCUCAGCCUGCACCCCGACGUGGCAGCCGCUGAGAACGAGGUCCACUUCUUCGACUGGGAGGAGCACUACAGCCAAGGCCUGGGCUGGUACCUGGGCCAGAUGCCCUUCUCGUCCCCGCACCAGCUCACGGUGGAGAAGACCCCCGCGUACUUCACGUCGCCCAAAGUGCCUGAGCGUGUCCACAGCAUGAACCCGGGCAUCCGGCUGCUGCUCAUCCUGCGGGACCCGUCCGAGCGCGUGCUGUCCGACUACACCCAAGUGUUCUACAACCACGUGCAGAAGCGCAAGCCCUAUCCGUCCAUCGAGGAGUUCCUGGUGCGCGACGGCCGGCUCAACGUGGGCUACAAGGCGCUCAACCGCAGCCUCUACCACGUGCACUUGCAGAACUGGCUGCGCUUCUUCCCGCUGCGCCGCAUCCACAUCGUCGACGGCGACCGCCUCAUCAGGGACCCUUUCCCCGAGAUCCAGAAGGUCGAGCGGUUCCUGAAGCUGUCCCCACAGAUCAACGCCUCGAACUUCUACUUUAACAAAACCAAGGGCUUUUACUGCCUGCGGGACGGCGGACGGGACCGCUGUUUGCACGAGUCCAAAGGCCGGGCGCACCCCCAAGUUGACCCCAGACUCCUCAGUAAACUGCACGAAUAUUUUCACGAGCCAAAUAAGAAAUUCUUCGAGCUUGUGGGCAGGACAUUUGACUGGCACUGAUCUGCAAUAACCUAGGCUCGGAACCUUUCCUAUUGUGGCCCCAUUACUGAGUGAAGCUCAUCUACUCUGUUCCAAGCCUGCCCCCAUUCUUCUACAAGGAAUUAUGACUGACACACGGGGCCAGAUUUCAUGGGACCAUGCUGAACCUCAUCACUUCUUGGUGACUUUGAAAAUUUAUCUCAUCUGCAACUGACUUUCUCAUAUGUAAAAGAGGCGUCAUAUCACCAUUAGUGGUGCUGUAAAGAUUACAUGACCUGAUUUAUGUUAAGUGUUUAAUAUGAUUCCCUGGGCAGCAUUGGUACUCGACAAUUUUUUUUUAUGAAAAUGAGUGCAAAACUGCGUACGUAUAGGUAAAAGUUUUGAACCAACGGUAUAUUGGGUCUGGUCUUUUAAGAAUCCUUCCCUUGUGGACACAUGCUGGGGAUCACUCUUGCUUGCCUGCAGCAGUUAGCUUACUAAUUCAUUCCCAAGCAUUGUGUUUGGUUUUGCUUUUGCUUUUGUUUUUUACAGGCCACGGUUCUAAGAAACAGAGCCUUCACUUUUCUUUGGAGACUGGAGGCACAGAGAAGGUAUCACCACCUCGGUUCUUACUGCUUUCCACAGAACAUCACA